GUAGGGCUAGGGCUAUAUUGCAUCGAGAUUGAGGGAAAGCGGACGGGUGGACGAUAUCGAUCCAGUAGGUGUUGUACGGGAGACACAGCGUCCACCGCUGUGUCCGCUCGCUCUCGGCCUCGUUGCUCUCCACGUCUCGGCUGCCGGCAGAGAGGCGUCCUCCAUUGCUGCGCACAUCCAUUAAAAGUUAAGAAGGCACGGGGCCGGGAGCGACUAGCGAGGCUCGUCGUCUUCAUUCGUAGUUCUUCCAUCCCCUGUGCGCAACUGAGAGCAAGCAGGCGAAGAUCGAGGGCGUCGUCGUCAUGGAUCUGGUGAACGGCGUGCUCAACUGGGUGGGGACGCCGGCCAUGGUGGCCUGCCUGCUGCUCUUCUACCCGCCCUACUACCUCUUCAAGACCUGCUACUCCUUCCUCUCCUGGCUCUUCCCCGAGGACCUCGCCGGCAAGGUCGUGCUCAUCACCGGCGCUUCCUCCGGCAUCGGCGAGCAACUGGCUUACCAGUACGCUCUGAAACGGGCCUCCCUCGCCCUCGUCGCAAGAAGGGAGUCGAGCCUCCGACAUGUCGCCGACCGAGCACUCGAGCUCGGCGCGCGCGACGUCAUCGUCCUCCCGGGCGACGUCUCUGCCCCCGAUGACUGCAACAGAUUUGUUCAGACCGCGAUCAGUCACUACGACCGAUUGGACCAUCUCGUGUGCAAUGCCGGCAUCGCGAGCGUCGGCGCGUUUCAGGAGAUUCCAGAUGUCACAAAAUACAGCUCUCAGCUUGAUGUCAAUUUCUGGGGUUCUGUUCAAACGACGUUCGCUGCCCUGCCUCAUCUGAAGAGAAGCCGAGGAAGGAUUGUGGUGACUGCAUCUGCAACCGGAUGGAACCCAGUUCCUAGAAUGAGCUUCUAUAAUGCUGCCAAUGCUGCCCUCAUAAACUUCUUCGAGACGCUGCGGACUGAGCUAGGAAACCAAGUUGGGAUCACGGUGGUGACGCCCGGGUGGAUCGAGUCCGAGAUGUCGAAAGGGAAGUACCUCAAGGAGCAUGGCGAAGUGGAGGUUGAUCAAGAAAUGCGCGACGCUCAGAUCGGUCUGUUCCCGGUGGAGUACGCCAAGAACUGCGCCAAGGCCAUGGUGCAGGCGGCGCAGCAAGGCGAGCGAUACCUCACCGUGCCGGCGUGGUUCAGGCCGAUGUACCUGUGGCGGGUGUUCGCGCCGGAGGUCGUCGAGGCCUGCUACCGCCUCCUGUACAUGCACGGCCAUGGCGCCAGGCAGGCCGACACGGCGAGCAGGACGAUGGCGGACUCCGGUGGUAAGCAGCUGCUGUACCCGACCUCGCUGCGCUCUGAGGAGAUCAAGAGUGACUGAGGUCAGGUCAUGUGCCUGAUAUGCAGUUGAAACUUGAAUGGUCCCAUGGAACGAGUGGAGUAUAGAAACUGUAGACGAGAACGAACAUUUGUGGUUAUGUCAAUAUGCUGUGUACCUUGGUAAUGAAUAAAUAAGCUAUGCUUCUGGUGGUGCUCUCU